UGCUGCUGUGUCGGGGAGGCGGGACCUAGGGGAGUUUUCCCUCGCGACGCCACCUACUCAGACGCUGUCGCUGUGGCCGACAUACCUCCCCGAGGCCAUGGCGGUAUCUGCUAGGUCUGCGCGGUCCCCGCCCGACUCAGAUAAAGUACAGAAAGAUAAGGCUGGACAGACCUCAGGGCGCCGUCAGGGCAGCCGAAUGGGGAAGCUCUUGGGUUUUGAGUGGACAGAUGUGUCCAGCUGGGGGAGGCUGGUGACCCUGCUGAAUAGACCUACGGAUCCUGCAAGCCUGGCAGUCUUCCGUUUUCUCUUUGGGCUGAUGAUGGUGCUGGACAUUCCCCAGGAGCGGGGGCUCAGCUCCCUGGACAGAAGAUACCUGGAUGGGCUGGAGGUGUGCCGCUUCCCGUUGCUGGACGCCCUGCAGCCACUGCCACUUGACUGGAUGUAUCUGGUCUACACCAUCAUGUUUCUGGGGGCACUGGGCAUGAUGCUGGGCCUGUGCUACCGGAUAAGCUGUGUGUUAUUCCUGCUGCCCUACUGGUAUGUGUUUCUCCUGGACAAGACAUCGUGGAACAACCACUCCUAUCUGUUUGGUUUGUUGGCCUUUCAGCUGACGUUCAUGGAUGCAAACCGCUACUGGUCUGUGGACGGCCUGCUGAAUGCCCGGAAGCGGAACGCCCACGUGCCCCUUUGGAACUAUGCUGUGCUGCGUGGCCAGAUCUUCAUCGUGUACUUCAUUGCGGGCGUGAAAAAGCUGGACGCAGACUGGGUGGAAGGCUACUCCAUGGAAAACCUGUCCCGGCACUGGCUCUUCAGUCCCUUCAAAUUUGUAUUGUCCGAGGAGAUGACUAGUCUGCUGGUGGUGCACUGGUGCGGACUGCUGCUCGACCUCUCUGCCGGUUUCCUGCUCUUCUUUGAUGCCUCAAGAUCCAUUGGCCUCCUCUUCGUGUCCUACUUCCACUGCAUGAAUUCCCAGCUCUUCAGCAUCGGUAUGUUCCCCUACGUCAUGCUGGCCAGCAGCCCUCUCUUCUGCUCUCCCGAGUGGCCUCGGAAGCUGCUGGCUCACUGCCCGAAAAGGCUGCAAGAACUGCUGCCCCUCAGGACUGCCCCCCAGCCCAGUGCUUCCUGCGUGUAUAAGAGGAGCCGGGCCAAAGGUGGUCAGAAGCCAGGGCUGCGCCAUCGGCUGGGCGCCGCCUUCACCCUGCUCUACCUCCUGGAGCAGCUCUUCCUGCCCUAUUCCCAUUUCCUCACCCAGGGCUAUAACAACUGGACAAACGGGCUGUACGGCUAUUCCUGGGACAUGAUGGUGCACUCCCGCUCCCACCAGCACGUGAAGAUCACCUACCGUGAUGGGCGCACCGGCGAGCUGGGCUACCUCAACCCUGGGGUAUUCACACAGAGCCGGCGUUGGAAGGAUCAUGCGGACAUGCUGAAGCAAUAUGCCACUUGCCUGAGCCGCCUGCUUCCCAAGUACAAUGUCACUGAGCCCCAGAUCUACUUUGAUAUUUGGGUCUCCAUCAAUGACCGCUUCCAGCAGAGGAUUUUUGACCCUCGUGUGGACAUCGUGCAGGCUACCUGGUCCCCCUUCCAGCGUACACCUUGGCUGCAGCCGCUACUGAUGGACCUGUCUCCCUGGAGAACCAAAUUACAGGAAAUCAAGAGCAGCCUGGACAACCACACCGAAGUGGUCUUCAUCGCAGAUUUCCCCGGGCUGCACCUGGAGAACUUUGUGAGCGAAGACCUGGGCAACACUAGCAUCCAGCUGCUGCAGGGAGAGGUAACUGUGGAGCUGGUGGCAGAACAGAAGAACCAGACUCUUCAGGAGGGGGGAAAAAUGCAGUUGCCUGCUGGUGAGUACCAUAAGGUGUAUACAAUGUCGCCCAGUCCCUCCUGCUACAUGUACAUCUAUGUCAACACUACAGAGCUUGCCCUGGAGCAAGACCUGGCAUACCUGCAAGAAUUGAAGGAGAAGGUGGAGAAUGGAAGUGUGAUUCCUCUUUUUGCCCUCUUUCGGGCAGAAACAGAGCCUCUGCCUCCAGAGCUGCAACCUCUGCUGGAAGGGGAAGUCAAAGGGGGCCCUGAGCCAACACCACUGGUUCAGACCUUUCUUAGACGCCAGCAAAGGCUCCAGGAGAUCGAACGCCGGCGAAAUGCCCCUUUCCACGAGCGACUCCUCCGCUUCUUGCUGCGAAAGCUCUAUGUCUUUCGCCGCAGGUAAGUUUUACCCACAUCAGCACGUGUCUUUGCCAUCAGAUGUCUGCAGGCUGAGUAACUUUUCUCUGGUGAGGGUAACAGCAGGGACUGUUUCCCAGGAUAGGACAAUCCAGUGCUCAAUUCCUCCCUCUUGUCCUCUCCAUUCUCCUCUCCCUGAUUGAAUGGGAGAGUAAGUGGUGUCUGAUGGCCGCUGUCUUGUUCUGCCUCAGCUUUUCUCCAGCCUCCCUGUGGGUCAUUCCUACCCCA